ACAGUGUCACCAACACAACAGACACAGAGGAAGCAAGAAAAGCUACAUCUUAUUCGACAUAAGAACGAGUCUAACAUGGACUGCCUUUUGAUGUUCAUUUUCUUUAUUUCCAGCAUUGAGAGCCGGAGUUGGUCAGAAAGGCAGUUAUCUCUUCAAACUGGAGGAACGAUCACCAUCCCAUGUCAUUAUGAUAUGAAAUAUAUACAACAUAAGAAAUACUGGUGCUAUAAUGCUGGGGGAGGCUUCAAUUACUGCACGAUUCUGGCUUAUGAAAAUACUACAAAAGAUAGAGUAACAGUGACUGAUUACCCAGCUCAGAGUCUCUUUACUGUGACUAUGAGAGAUCUGCAGAGUGGAGACACUGGAAUGUACUGGUGUGUUGUGGAAAUCGGAGGGAUAACUGAAGUAGAUGAUAAAAAAGACAUUUAUAUCACAGUGAAAUCAGCUCCUGAUCUAUCUGUAGUGGAGAGCAGUGUGAGUGGUCAGAAAGGGGGCAAUGUUAGUGUCCAGUGUCUCUACAGUGCUGGGUAUCAGAAUGAACAGAAACAGUGGUGCAGAUCUAAAGACUGGAGCUGCUACACAGUGGGGAGGGCUGACACAUCCCAGAAUUCAGCGGUGCAGAUCAGUGAUGAUGGGAGAAGCUCCUUCAGUGUGGAGAUGAGUGGACUGCAGCAGAGUGAUGCUGGCUGGUACUGGUGUUAUAUUGGAGAUCUACAGGUUCCUGUUCACCUCAGUGUCAGUGAUGCUCCUCCAGCUACAAAGGCUGUGACUUCUGUUUCUGCCACUGAGGAAACCAGCAUCAGUGAGGCCACUUUAGGUUCUGCAACUGUUACUACAAACACAGAAUCAGCAACAGAUCUAAGAACAACUGGCUCUUCUUCAGUAAUGACUUCUGAGAAUGUAAAUAGCAGCCCAGGAAAGAGUGGGAGAGAGCAAGAUGGGAAUGGAGAGAUCCUGUUGGUCUGGGUUCUACUGGCUGUAGGUCUUGGACUGCUGCUGAUUCUGUUCAGCAUUAUAAUCUGUGUAUUAAGAGAAAAGUUCAAAAAAAGUGAGACGGAGACCAGAGAGAGGAGCAACGACACUGCAGUUCAGACGUCUUCAUCUGCACUGGAACAGGAACAUGGUGUGGUCUACAGCUCUGUAGUCACAGCUACCAGAAACAAAACUCUCUCUCCAGCAGGUGGAGAUGAUGGGGUGAUCUACAACUCUGUGGUCAGUAAUUAAGGUGUAAGCAGAUGUAUUUCUGGACAAAACUACCUGAGCAAGUCAAUUACAGAGAGGACACUGUAACAAAAGUGACCUGAUAAAUGGAUACAGACUCUAUAUAUUAUAUAGCAUGUUAAUUUUCUUUUUUCAUCCAUAUUGCUUUACUUGUAAAUAACAUGUGGGCUAC